AUGCCUAAAGCGCUUCUAACAGCGGAGUGGAUUUAUAUAGGAAUGGAGGUGGUGAUUGCAGUCGCCUCUGUAAUCGGAAAUGUGAUGGUGGUUUGGGCGGUGAAAAUUAAUAAAUCGCUGCGAGAUACCACGUUUUGUUUCAUUGUCUCCCUGGCUCUGGCGGAUAUUGCAGUUGGAGCCCUUGUUAUCCCUUUGGCCAUUACUAUCAGCAUUGGACUUAAAACUCACUUUUACAGCUGCUUGCUCGUGGCUUGCACGGUGCUGGUGCUGACGCAAAGUUCAAUCUUGGCCCUUCUGGCCAUCGCAAUUGACCGCUAUCUCAGGGUCAAGAUUCCGACCAGGUAUAAGCGGGUGGUGACCCCUCAGCGAGCAGGGAUAGCAGUGGUGAUAUGCUGGAUGGUGGCUUUCAUUGUGGGGCUCACACCCAUGUUAGGCUGGAACAACCUGAGGCGCCAGCAGGACGGCUUAAACAGCUCUGACCUCAUUAUCACCUGCACUUUCGAAAAUGUCAUCAGCAUGGACUACAUGGUCUAUUUCAACUUUUUUGGCUGGGUGCUGCCGCCACUGUUGCUCAUGCUGGUGAUCUACACAGAGAUCUUCUACAUGAUCCACAAACACCUUAACAGUAAAAAGUUCACCACCAGUCACACAGACCCCAACAAGUACUAUGACAAGGAGCUGAAUCUUGCUAAAUCUCUUGCUUUGGUCCUUUUUCUCUUUGCCAUCAGCUGGCUCCCUCUUCACAUCAUUAACUGCAUCACACUGUUCUGCCCAAAGUGCGAGAAGCCCAUAGUCCUCCUCUACAUCGCCAUCCUGCUCACCCACGGUAACUCUGCUGUCAACCCAAUUAUCUACGCUUUCCGCAUUAAAAAGUUCCGCACGGCUUUCCAGAAAAUCUUUCAGCAAUACUUCUGCUGCAAGGACACACCAGCUCUGGAGAUUCAGCCCAGUGACAGGAAAGAGAUGCCGAACCCACAGCCACAGCAGGAGAUGCCACCACAGCCCCCUCAGAAGGAAAUCUUAAAGUCUGACCCUCGACAACAGGAACCACCUCCACCUGAGCAGCAGCAGGACCCGACGACCGAAUCACCCCAACAACCUAAAAAACAUCCACCCUUACUGGAGCAGAAUGCAGUCUAA